AUGAGUCACCACCAUGAAAUCAACCCUCACUUUUGCCCACAACAUCAUGAGCCACACCCACCAUCAGGGAUGACACCACCACAGAGUCAAGACCAAAUUCAUCCAACCUCCCCAUGGAUCUGGCCACCAACUCAACGACCAACAAUCCCACCACCAAAGGUGGAUCCUAUGGGUCAAUGGGGGGCAUUGGUACCACAUGGUAGUGCACCAAAGACACAAUCAACCCGUUUACAGGCACAGGAACCUGCACCACGGUUUCCACCCCAAUAUACUGGUGCACAGGCUGCACAACCACCAAAGCAUCAACGGCAUGGGCGCCAACAAAGAGGCUUAAUUGUCCUAAUAGUCUAUCUUGUGUUUCGCCCACAUGGCCCAAGUUUUGAAGUGUCUAGUGUCACCUUAAAUGCAGCAUAUCUAGACGUGGACGUUUUGCUCAAUGCCGAUCUCACUGUGCUCGCUAAGUUCAUAAAUCCUAACAAGAAAGUAAGGGUGGACUUCAAUUACGUAGUCCUUGAUCUUUACUAUGGAAACACCCUGAUUGCGUCUCAAUAUGUUGAACAUUUCAGAGCAGAAAGGCGUCAGACAAAGCUUGCCAGUGUUCAUAUGGUAGCGAGUCAGGUUCAGCUUCCCUCGGAUGAAACCGAACGGCUUAAGAGAGAAAUAGAGAGAAAUCAUACUGAAUUUCAAGUUAAGGGAGUGUUCCGGGCACAAUCGAAUUUGGAAAGUUUCGUGCGCUACUCGUAUAGACUGUAUAGACUUUGCACAAUUGUGGUGACUAAUCCUCCUGGUGGAGUCUUAAAAGCUGUCAAAUGCAAAUCUAAACGUUGA